UGUCCCCUGAGCGCACCACCGGCUGAGCGCUCCAUGCGGCAGGGAGAGCGCGGUCUGCGGCCCCCAGGGCGCGCGGCGCUGUGGGCGCUGCUGCUGGUGCGGCUGGGCACACAGGCACCUGCGUGCGCCUUGGAACCCGCAGCGGCCGCGCCCCGGAGCCCUGGCUUCGCGCGCGCCCCCUUGGAGUGGCCGGGUUGGCAGGAGAAGGCCGAAUAUGACCUGGUAUCUGCCUACGAGGUGGACCCCAGGGGAGCCUAUGUGUCCCACGACAUCGUGCACCACCAGCGGCGGCGGCGGCGGAGCGCGGCGGCCCUGCCGGGAGGAGGGGACGCCCUGCACCUCCGGGUCAAGGGAGUCAGGCACGACUUCCACGUGGAUCUGCGAGCCUCCAGCCGCCUGGUGGCUCCUGGGUUCGUGGUGCAGACACUAGGCAAAGGAGGCACCAAGUCCGUGCAGAGCUUCGCACCAGAACACUUCUGCUUCUACCAAGGCUCCUUGCGGUCUCACAGGAACUCCUCGGUGGCCCUCUCCACCUGCCACGGCUUGUCAGGCAUGAUAAGGACAGAGGAAGCGGACUACUUCCUGAAGCCGCUUCCGCCACACCUAGCGGGGAAGCUGAACGUCUCCACCCAGGACCGUCCUCCCUCCCACCUGCUUUACAAGAGAUCCACGGAAGGCCGGGCCCCCCAGGCCAACGAGGUCCUGCUGGUCUCCAGGCGGCGGGAGCUGCCCAGCCUUCAGCUCCCCGAAAAGCAGCAUUUCUGUGGAAGGCGCAAGAAAUACAUGCCACAGCCUCCCCACGGUGACCUCUUCAUCUUACCUGAUGAGUAUAAAUCUGGCUUGCGAUCGAAGCGCUCUCUACUCAAGUCCCACAGAAACGAAGAGCUGAAUGUGGAGACUCUCGUGGUGGUGGACAAGACCAUGAUGCACAACCACGGCCAUGAAAACAUCACCACCUACGUGCUGACCAUCCUCAACAUGGUGUCUGCACUAUUUAAAGACGGAACAAUCGGAGGCAACAUCAACAUUGCCAUUGUAGGCCUCAUUCUGCUGGAAGACGCACAGCCAGGGCUGGUGGUAAAUCACCAUGCAGACCACACCUUAAGCAGUUUCUGCCAGUGGCAGUCUGGCCUGAUGGGGAAAGACGGAACUCGCCAUGACCACGCCAUCUUACUGACUGGCCUAGACAUAUGUUCUUGGAAGAAUGAGCCCUGUGACACUCUGGGAUUUGCACCCAUCAGUGGAAUGUGCAGCAAGUACCGCAGCUGCACUAUUAAUGAAGAUACGGGACUCGGCCUGGCCUUCACCAUCGCCCACGAGUCUGGGCACAACUUUGGCAUGGUCCAUGAUGGAGAAGGGAACAUGUGCAAGAAGUCCGAGGGCAACAUCAUGUCCCCUACAUUGGCAGGACGCAAUGGGGUCUUCUCCUGGUCACCCUGCAGCCGCCAGUAUCUGCACAAAUUCUUAAGCACUGCCCAAGCCAUAUGCCUUGCUGACCAGCCAAAGCCUGUGAAGGAGUACAAGUACCCCGAGCAGCUGCCGGGAGAGCUGUAUGAUGCUAACACACAGUGCAAGUGGCAGUUCGGAGAGAAAGCCAAGCUCUGCAUGCUGGACUUGAAAAAGGACAUCUGCAAAGCCCUGUGGUGCCAUCGGAUUGGAAGAAAGUGUGAGACCAAGUUCAUGCCAGCUGCAGAGGGCACCCAGUGUGGGCAGGACAUGUGGUGCCGCGGAGGGCAGUGUGUGAAGCACGGAGACGAAGGCCCCAAGCCCACCCAUGGCCGCUGGUCAGACUGGUCACCCUGGUCCCCCUGCUCCAGGACCUGCGGGGGAGGCGUGUCCCACAGGGAUCGCCUCUGCUCCAACCCCAAACCAUCCCACGGCGGGAAGUUCUGUGAGGGCUCCAGGCGCACCCUGAAGCUUUGCAACAGCCACCAGUGUCCCCAGGACAGCGUGGACUUCCGUGCUGCCCAGUGUGCAGAGCACAACAGCAAGCGGUUCCGCGGGUGGCACUACAAGUGGAAACCGUACACACAGGUGGAAGAUCAGGACUUAUGCAAACUCUACUGUAUCGCAGAAGGAUUUGAUUUCUUCUUUUCUUUGUCAAAUAAAGUGAAAGAUGGGACUCCAUGCUCGGAGGAUAGCCGUAAUGUUUGUGUAGAUGGGAUAUGUGAGAGAGUUGGUUGUGACAAUAUCCUUGGAUCUGAUGCUGUGGAGGACUCCUGCGGGGUGUGCCAGGGAAAUAACUCAGAUUGUAUGACUCACAAGGGUGUCUACAGCAAGCACCACCACACCAACCAGUAUUACCACAUGGUCACCAUUCCUCCCGGAGCCCGGAGUAUUCGCAUCUAUGAGAUGAACAUAUCUACUUCUUACAUUUCUGUGCGCAAUGCCUUCAGAAGGUACUACUUGAAUGGACACUGGACUGUGGACUGGCCAGGACGGUACAAGUUUUCAGGCACUGCCUUUGAGUACAGACGGCCCUAUAAGGAGCCCGAGAGCUUAACCUCUGCUGGACCGACCAAUGAAACGCUCAUCGUGGAGCUUCUGUUCCAGGGCAAGAACCCGGGAGUGUCCUGGGAAUUCUCGCUGCCCCGGUCCAGUGCUGGGAAGAAGCCCGCAGCACAGCCUCGGUACACAUGGGCUAUCCUGCGCUCAGAGUGCUCGGUCUCCUGCGGAGGGGGGCACAUGAUUGCAAAGGGAGGCUGCUUCCGAGACCUGAGUUUCCAAGUGAACGCUUCCUUCUGCAACCCCAAGACCCGGCCUGCCACAGGACUGGUGUCCUGCAGAGUAGCUGCCUGUCCUCCCAGCUGGUCUGUGGGGAACUGGAGCACCUGCAGCCGGACGUGCGGUGGGGGCACUCAGAGCCGGCGCGUGCAGUGCACCCGCCGGGCACGCUAUGACUCAGAGCCAGUGGCAGCCAGCCUGUGUCCACAGCCUCCGCCCUCCAGCCAGCAAACCUGCAACCCUCAGCGCUGCCCACCCGCAUGGAGCACUGGACCCUGGACAGAGUGCUCCAGGACCUGUGGCAAGGGCUGGAGGGAGAGGACCUUGGCCUGCAAGGGCACUGACCCCUCGGCCCGCGCCCAGCUGCUGCCCGAAGCCAUGUGCGAGGCGGAGCCCAAGCCCAGGACGCACGAAGCCUGCCUGCUCCAGCGCUGCCACAAACACAAGAAGCUGCAGUGGCUGGUGUCUGCCUGGUCCCAGUGCUCCACCACAUGUGGAAGUGGAGUCCAAAAAAGGUUCCUAAAAUGUGCCGAGAAGUACGUUUCCGGGAAGUACCGUGAGCUGGCCUCCAGGAAGUGCGCGCGCUUGCUGCAGCCCGACCUGGAGCUGCAGCGCACCUGCACCCCGUUUCCAUGCCCGCUGCUGCGUCCCUCACAUGCUGCCACAAGCCUUCCAGGGAGCAGCUGGUUUGCCUCUCCCUGGUCUCAGUGCUCAGCCAGCUGUGGUGGUGGCGUACAGCGGAGGACCGUGCAGUGCCUGGCGGGGGCCCAGCCAGCCUCUGACUGCCCCCUGCACCAGAAGCCCGAAGCCUCCCUGGCCUGCAACACCCACUUCUGCCCUAUUGCAGAGAAGAAAGGCGCCUUCUGCAAAGAUGCCUUCCACUGGUGCGGCCUGGUGCCACAGCACAGCAUGUGCAGCCACAGGUUCUACGGCAAGCAGUGCUGCAGGGCUUGCUCCAAGUCUAAUCUGUGAGGCAGGUCCGCCCAACAGCGGAGAAGAGCCACAGGAGCCAGGAACAUCAGCACGAAGGAUCUGCACAGCACACGCUGGGGUACUCCUAACGAAGAUCAGAGCCACAAGAGGGAACACAGGGCUGGGCUCUGUGGCCUGGAGUUUGUGGGGAGCAGGGAGCAGAGGUAGGACUGUGCCCACACCAACACACACUCUCCUGUCCCAUGGAAAUGUGGGUCGCUCCUGCUUGAAUGCAGAGUGGGAGAGCUACACUGAAGAGUGCUCGCAGCCACACUCAGCCAGGCUUGCAGUUCCACCAUGCCAAGUCUAAAGGACAGCAGAGUGGACUUGCUACAUGCUAAAUGUCUGGUGCUUUGUAAAAAGAAAGAAAAGCCACACAAAAUUAGGAAAAAAAGCAAAAUAGCUGCCACUAAGUAGGCUAGCCUCCUCCCAAAAGCCUGGGAGGUCCCCACCAUCGGGGUGGGUGAGGUGAAGGGGUUGGGGAGCCCCAGGACGCUUUUCCAGGCUGGGCCACAAGAGCCCGGGUCCUUCUGACUUAGAACUUCGCUUGUGCAGCCUGGAAAAUAAAACCCCUGAUGAGGUGCUUCCUUCCCUCCAGGCUAAUAUGCCAGGGAAGGCUUUCUAGUUCAUGUUUUUUUCCUUCUCAGUUACUUACCAGUGAGUAUUGCUCUUUAAUCCCACUUCCCUGCUUUCCUGUCUGAAAUAGUGAAUCAGAAGUUCAGGCCAAACAACUGUCACACUGAGAAAGCGUCAGGGCCACGGGACAGCUGACAGGGUCAGAGCCUUCUGCCCUGGGUUUUAUUGCUACCCAGCCGAGGGCUUCUCAGUUCUUAAACCUGUCCUGUAACUUUGGCGGAGAGCAAAGGCCAGCAGCCUCCACACAGGGCCUCCCACGCCUCCCUGUCACCAUGGGUGCUCAUUUCUUCUCUCCCUGUCUGGCAUGUGGCACC